CGCCGCCCGCCGCUCCCGCCCGGCCGGGAUGAAGGCGGCCGAGGCCACGGGCGAGGAGGCGCCGCCCGGCGCGCGGUCGGUCAAGGUGGUCCUGGUGGGCGACGGCGGCUGCGGGAAGACGUCGCUGCUGCUGGUCUUCGCCGCUGGGGCCUUCCCCGAGAGCUACAGCCCCACUGUGUUUGAGCGGUACACCGUGAACCUGCAGGUGAAAGGCAAACCUGUGCACCUCCAGAUAUGGGACACUGCAGGGCAAGACGACUACGACCGCCUGCGGCCCCUGUUCUACCCCGACGCCAGUGUGCUGCUGCUCUGCUUUGACGUCACCAGCCCCAGCAGCUUCGACAACGUCUUUAACCGGUGGUACCCGGAGGUGACUCACUUCUGCAAGCAAGUGCCCAUCAUCGUCGUGGGCUGCAAGACGGACCUGCGCAAGGACAGGUCGCUGGUGAACAAGCUGCGGAAAAAGCGAGCUGAGCCUGUGACCUACCACAGGGGCCAGGAGAUGGCGCGGUCCGUGGGAGCCGUCGCCUACCUGGAGUGCUCCGCGCGUCUCCAUGACAACGUCGACGCCGUCUUCCAGGAGGCCGCCGAGGUGGCGCUCAGCAGCCGCAGCCGCAACCUGUGGCGGAGGGUUACCCAGAGCUUCUGCGUGGUCACCUGAGCGGCCGGGGGUGCCCCCUGCCCCGACCGCCCUGGAAGGAGCAGGGCGCUGACCUUCUGCCAAGUUGGCCGGGCCGGAUCCAGGCUGGUUCACCGAAAUGCACCCCCACAGAGGGGCACCCCCGAGGCCAGGCGCGGGCCUAGGAACCUUGAACUGAGGAAGGGGCUUCCCAGCCGGCCCAGCGCCAGGUCUUGGACUUGACACUCUGGUGGGGCCUUGCAGCCCGGCGCCACCUCGUGGCCGUUCCCGGAGCUGCACCUGCCACCCCUGGCGUUCUUAGGGCCAACCCUCCAGAACCCAUCCCCGCCUCGGCACCCCCCACCUCACCCCUUGGCCCUGCCUGCCCCAGUGGUAAGUGUACUAACUAAAAUGACAUCACUCAG